AAACCAAAACAUCUGUUGGCUGCCAUGCAACUUGUAGCUAGGUAGUUAGCCACUAGGCUAAACCACGUCAAAGCUGUUGUUCCAUACCGUCUCUUUACGCUCACGUCGUUGUCAGACGGUGUCGCCGGGUAUGUACAUCAUACGGUGAAAUAUGUGCGUUUAGCUAAUAUAUCGUGUGUGGUAGAAAAGUUGACGCUGGCUGCGCUCAGCAGUGUAAUUAGCUAACGUCACUGUUGAUAUUACAGUAGUUUGUGAAAUUCGUAAAGGCUGCUACUCCGUAAACAAGCCUCUACACAUACUGCACACGGAGAUUUUCGGUGAGAGUCUGGAUUUACAUUACACGGUUUUUUUCGGCUUGUUUGAUCCCAUCAUCAGGAUAGGGAUCCACAGUGAAGAGGCAGCUGCCGGUGGUGCAGUGAGCAUGGCUGACAAAAUGGCAGAAAGUCCUGAGAAGAAUACCUCCGUGUCAGCGCAGGAGCUAAAGGAGCAGGGCAACCGCCUGUUUCUGAACCGCAAGUACCUGGAGGCUGCUGCCUGCUACAGCAAAGCCAUAACCCACUGCCCAUCUGUCCCAGCAUACUACACUAACAGAGCGCUGUGCUACGUGAAGCUGCAGCAGUACGACAAAGCUCUGGCAGACUGCAGACACGCACUGGAGUUGGACAGUCAAUCAGUCAAAGCUCAUUUUUUCAUGGGCCAGUGUCACCUGGAGAUGGAAAAUUACGAUGAAGCCAUUGGCAACCUACAGAAAGCUUAUAACCUUGCAAAAGAACAGCAGCUGAACUUUGGUGACGACAUUCCCAGCGCUCUGAGGAUAGCAAAGAAGAAACGGUGGAACAGCAUGGAGGAGAGGAGGAUCAACCAGGAGAGCGAGCUGCACGCCUACCUCACUAGACUCAUCCUUGAUGAGAAAAAGAGAGAAUUGGAGGGAUGCAGGCAGAAACAGGAGGACAAUUGUGACGACAGCAGGGUUCAACAAAAACUCAAUGAGAUUCACACAAAACAUGAUAAGUAUCUUUCAGACAUGGAGGAGCUGUUCUGUCAGGUGGAUGAAAAGAGAAAGAAGCGUGAAAUCCCAGACUACCUGUGUGGAAAGAUCAGCUUUGAAUUGAUGCGGGAGCCGUGCAUCACUCCCAGUGGUGUCACAUAUGACCGAAGAGACAUUGAAGAGCACCUGCAGCGAGUCGGACAUUUUGACCCAGUCACACGCAGUCUGCUAACCCAGGAUCAGUUGAUUCCUAACCUGGCAAUGAAGGAAGUCAUUGAUGCUUUUGUUUUGGAGAACGGCUGGGUAGAGGACUACUGAACAGCCAGUGGAGGAAGGGAAGUAAUUAAAACCAGAAUCGGUGUGGUCAGUCACAUUUGCUUCAGUGGAAGUCAUAGGUCAGUGAGAUGGGCUUCUCUGUCAUUCUUUUAAGUCACAAUGUUGUCUCAAAGUGUCUUGAACUUCUGAGUUGUAAAGCUUACCAGCCACUAGAUGGUGUAAAGGUACAACAUAGCAGGUCUCACAGCAGAAGGUACAAAGGGCUUCACAGACAAAAAGAUAGGAGAACAAGGCAAAUAGAAGAUAUUUUCUUAAAGAAGGAGAACUCACACGGUCUGAAUAGGCUGGAAGCAGCCAAUUAGAAGCAUCAUAAAGACUGACUUAAUAACGUCAGCAACAUUUCAAUGUAGUAGUCUAGCAAAAUAAGUCACAAUAAUAAAAUGUGGGAAAUUACAGUAAUCAGCCUAUAGCCCCGUGAAAUCAGGCUUAGUAAAGACCUCAUUUACUGUCAAAGCCUCUGACGUAUGUCUGCUAAGAGUGAAACUGUAGCUUGAGGUCUGCAAGGUGAAACCAGUUUGCUGUUCUAUUGUCUGGUGACCAUGUGUGUCAUCUCUUUGAAUAUCCUGUUAGACAGAUUUUACACUGGUUGGAAUCUGACUUGACAAAUCAAUGAUGAGUUUACUGAGAAGCAACACUGAGAUUUCUUCAAAUCAGAGAGAUUUAUUUGAAAAAUGUUUCUUGUUAAGUAAUAUUUGUGUCUCAGCUUGAUACUUUCCAUCGCCUGAUGCUGAACAAGGAGACAAGUAGGAGUCUCUAUUUGCUUUUGUAUGAUAUUUUGUCCAUUUUGCUUUUUUUUUGUUACAGCUUACACAUAUUGUUGCAUGAACAUCAAUUAAAUUUAAAUAUCUGAGCACUGAUUGUACAGCUCAUGUUCUUUGUAACUAAUUUGACUAAAUCUGGAGCAAACAAUACAUAUAAACAAAGGAGCAGAGCCACUGGAAGCAGAACAAUCACAGCUCUAAGCUCAGUUGUGCUGAAAAUCUGCUGCUGAAUACAGUAAUUUUACUGAUGUUUUCCACACACUUUAUCUUACAAGGAUAACUGCUUUAUGAGCUACACCUAGAGUUCACCCCAUUCCACAAUGCAAAAAUAUAUAUUUUUAGAAACUUUUGUUAAAAAUCGAAAAUCUAAAUAAUGAAAUCACAAACAUUUUCUUAUCAAAUCAUCUUCAGGUGCUUUGUGAUUGCUCUGAUUUUCCUUCAGACGACUGUCAGCGCUUUCAAAGUCACUGCUUAUCAAAGCUGUACCACUUUUAAUGUAAAUGAAUAUGAAGGUUGUUUGCUGGCAAACUGAAAGAGGAGGUUUUUACCUUGAGACUGAAACCUGAUAGUGGAUAAGGAUUUAUAGAUUUAAUAAAUGUGUUUUUAGAUGGA